UCAUGGCAAUUGGCAUCCAAAGAUCGACGCGAGCUCAACGAUCUUGGUGGCGCUAUUGCCAUCGGCCGCGCUGCUUCACUUAUGGACGGAAGAGGGCGCUAUUACGCGACCUCUUUUCAUCCAAACCAUCAAAAUGGUCAAUGUACCGAAGGCGAGACGUACCUUCUGCAAGAAGUGCGGGCAUCACAAGAUGCACAAGGUGACCCAGUACAAGGCUGGCAAGGCCUCUCUUUUUGUCCAAGGAAAGAGACGUUACGACCGCAAACAGACAGGGUAUGGAGGACAAACCAAACCUGUCUUUCACAAAAAGGCUAAGACCACGAAGAAGAUCGUGUUGAGAAUGGAAUGCACGGAGUGCAAGUUUCGCAAACAGCUGCCCAUCAAGCGAUGCAAGCACUUUGAGCUGGGAGGAGACAAGAAGAGAAAGGGCCAGAUGAUCCAGUUCUAGAUGUGCUGAAGGUCUUAGGAACAUGUAGGAAUAGAAUCCAUCUACUGGUGUACUGUAUAUUGCAGCAUUCGGAGCUUCUAGAUGCACGGGCAACAUGAAGUCUACAGAUUUCACUGAUAUGGGCUAAUCAUGGGAGGGCUAGAUUCUAACCAGUUAAUGACGUCGCAGUUUGCGGUAUGAGUUGUAUGAAUAAAGCAGCCAUCAACAUACAAUGUA